GUUACAAUUUAUUUACAUCGUACUGCGUACAAUGUACUUUGUUGAAUGUUGAGUCACUGUUCACUUGAGUUCAUUUUAAAUUUCAUUGUCAUUUAAUAUUUAUUUUCUUGCGGAAUUAAUAAAUAAAAAUACCGUACUUGAUUUCAAACUAAUAAUAUUAUAGUUUCAAAAUUUAUUUAAUAUUUUCCUUGUUAAUAGGAGCCUAUAUCAUUUGGUUACAAUUAUACAGUGGAAAGAAACGCUAAAAUAAUGGCACCCUCAGCUGUAAACAAAAAAGAUGAUGGACCGUCCCAAGAUUUUGAUUUAGAAAAAACAGCCGAUGAAGCGAAAUCAUUGUUGGAAAAAAUUAUUAAGGAUGUAGGCGAAAAAUCUGCUACUAGACAACUGAUCUUUGGUUCGGCAUCAGGAUGGUUGACUGGUUUUGUCAUGAUGAAGUUGGGUAAAGCUGCCGCAUUUACUCUUGGUAGUGGCAUUAUAGCAUUGCAACUGGCCAAUUCAAGUGGUUAUGUUAAAAUCAAUUGGGAUAAACUAACAAGAGGUGUGGAAAAAAUAGCAGAAAAAGUCGAGGAUAGUACCGCGGAUAAGAAAAAAGGAUUGAUGAACAAAGUUGGCCGUUAUGUCGAUCAAAAACUCGACAAAGCUGAGGAUAUUUUACGGAAGAAAGAAAAAAAAGCAAAACGUUGGUUUAAUCGUAUAUCUCGCGAUGAGGACGAAUUUGUUUUUGAAGAGAUUCAUGUAUUUCUAACAUGUUAUGCUAUUGGUCUAGUUUUAGGUAUUUCAUGUGGCAUAGUAGUCCGUUAAAGUAAUUAUUAAAAAAAAAAAAAAUGUAAUGUAUUUGUUGUUGGUGGAUAAAAAAUGGCUAGAAAGUUAAUGAGUUAGCUUUUAACUGUUCAUAUAUUUAUAUAUUACAUGCAUUAAUCUACAAUGUCCACUUGGGCAAUUAGCAUUAUCUACAAUUCUUUUAAGAAUUACGUUGACUUAUUACUUUUAUUAUACAUAAAACUAUAAAUAUAUUUGAUACUAGUCAAUUUGUGAGCCCCUUCUCUUAAUUUAUUUUUGUUUAUGAUACUUUAAAGUCUUAAAAAUGUGGAACACAUUAAAUUAUGUAUUUUUAUUAUCCUAAUAUAUAUGUUCUAAUGUAACGUCAAGGAAUUCAAUAAAAUAAUAAUGAUGAAAUACAAUUUAAAUAUGUAACUUAGAAGGGAUUAAAAAGCAACCAAAAAUACACAGCAACAAAACAAAAAUUAUUUUUUUUAUUUUGUAAUUUUUGUAAUUUGUUAAAUCCUUUUAAUA